GAGAAAGAGUACAUAGUGCUGCAGUGCCCACAGACCCCACAUCCUGAUAGAGUUGUCUUUCAAUCAUAACCCAGAGCAGCACAGCCUUUUCACCUCUGCUUUUGGUGGAUACUCUCUGAGCAGGGUCCUCAUCAAGACAUCAGCAAAAACAGACAAGACUGGGACUCCACAUCCACUGACCCACAGCCCACCUCCCAGUGAAAGAACCCUGAUGACCAACAAGGGUUCAGUUCUACUAUGGGAUCCCCCUCAUUCUUCUUCAGGCUCUUCCUCUUCAUCAUCAUCAUCUGCCUGGUCCCUCUCCUGUUCUUUCUAAGUGUGUAUAGGUGGGGUCUAUACUCUGACAGAAGCCACAUUGUCACAGGGAACCUCACCAUCCUCCUGUGGCAUUGGCCCUUCGGCCCAUCCUACAGCCUGAAGGGAGACGUGUGCUGGGACAGGUACCGUAUCACUGGCUGCCGCCUGGUGGACCAGCGCUCCCUCUACCCCAGCGCUGACCUGGUGGUCUUCCACAACAGAGAGCUGAUGACGGGCCAGGAGCGGCUGCCCUUCCACCUCGACCGGACAAGGCACCAGAAGUGGGUCUGGCUCUCCCUGGAGUCCCCUGACAACAAUGGAGACCUGAAGCCCUUCAAUAACGUGUUCAACUMUACCAUGUCCUACCGCCGUGAUGCCGAUUUCACCAUACCAUAUGGAAAGCUGGUGCCGAGGGACAGAGAUACUGGUAAUUACAGUAGGACAGAAGACGUCAUUCCUAAAAAUAAGUCCCCUCUGGCCUGCUGGGCGGUUAGUAACUACAACCCCCGGCAAAAGAGGAGCUUGGUUUACAAUAGCCUGAAGGAAAGCGUCGAAGUGAAGGUGUAUGGGCAAUGGGUUGGGAGAGUACUGGCCCCKAGCAACUUGCUGCCCACCAUCUCACGCUGCUACUUCUACCUGGCCUUCGAGAACUCCAUCUCCAAGGAUUACAUCACUGAGAAGCUCUGGCGGAARGCUUACCAGGCAGGGGCGGUGCCUGUGGUUCUGGGMCCGCCUCCAAAUGACUACAUAGCUGUGGCCCCGCCCAACUCCUUCAUCCACAUUGAGAACUUUAKCUCCACUAAGGAGCUGGGGAACUAUCUCAGCCAGCUAGUACUAGACAAGGAGAAAUAUGCUGGGUACUUUGCGUGGAGGCGUAGCCAUCAAGUGAAAAUGUACACAGACUGGAGGGAGAGGCUUUGUAGCAUCUGCCCCKAGUAUCACAUCCUGCCUGCUCAGAAGGUGUACCGUGACCUGGAGGCCUGGGCCAAGUGGGGACACCAAGUCCGCUGACAGAUCCURAAAGGCUUUCUGCAUCCCAAAUGAGCUCCUAUURCAGUGCAUUACUUUUGAACAGGUCCCAUAAGUACACCACCUUGUAAAAAUGUACAGCUUCAGAAGCGUCAGUCAUCUAUGAUCAGUGCUUUUCACAUGCAUGGACAUGUUUCAARGAGUCAGUAAACCACAGAACUUUCCUGUGUGUUAUAUUCCCACCCUCUGCCAAUAKCCAGUGUUCCUAUUUUCCUUCCCCACUCCCAGCAAAAUGACUUGAGAAAUGGCUCUUUGACCAUUUUAAUUGAUAUCACAGUAAGGUACUUAAACAGCAGAAUUGAACCAAAGCAAUGUGUUACAGUACCAAAGCAUACUCAGUGCAGAAGUUACAGGAAAGGGGAAUAUACCAAUCCAAACAUUAACGACACUUGUAUAAUGCGUGGAUAUGAGAUUGACAAUACUUAUUGCAAGGCGUUCACUGUAAAGCAUAACACCGGCGACGUAAAAACCUUAACUGAGAACCAAAGCGCAAAACGUAAAUUGUCAACUUGGAGUAAUUGUAACUACACAGGAGGUUGGAAUGGAAAAUAAAGUAAAGUAUUUAAAUGCYUGGUGGAAAAUAUACAGAUAACAUCUUUAGGUUUCCCCAGAGAAAUAGCCAGUUUCAAUAAAUUAUCAGAUAGGCUUUCAUUUA